ACCUAGUACUCGAACCAAAAACUCAUUCCUAUAUUUAAAACGAGGAUACUUCACUGGCACCAGAUGCGCUCUGGAUUUCAUGGGCAAAGGAACCUUCUCUUGAAUACAUUCUCUAUUUCAGCCGACGUCUGCACCAAUUAAACUUGUAAUUUCGACACAUUUCUAUCAAUUCUGGAUUCGUAUACUUCACAUACUAACGGAUAACAGAUCGAUUGCUACAUUGACCUCUAAUCAUUUGGAGCAGGUGUUAUCAUUAAACGACACGGAGUUUGACUGUCACUGGUGAUCACACAAGUAUAGGAGAGAGGAUAUAACGUCCAGCUGCAAUUGUGCGACCUACUAACCACACUCCACACACUCACAUUCAAAACGCGGACAACUCCUUGUGACAGGCUGAAACGGUUCGCCAUGGUGUCCUAUAUCAUACGCAGUGGAAGGGUGGAUGAUUGCGAAGAUGUUGUCCGGCUCAUGCAGAAGCUGUCCGCCCAUGAGGGGUUUGCGGAUCAGUCCAAGAUUUCUGCAGAAGAUCUUCGCCGAGACGGGUUCGGCCCCGAUCCAGUCUUCCAGUGUGCCGUGCUGGAGAAGCUGUUCGGUGAUGGGACAUCUGAACUAGUGGGAUACGCCCUAUACUUCUACGGGUUCUGCUCAUGGAACGGCAAGAUGCUCUACUUCGAAGACCUCUUCGUUGAGAGGGAGUACCGAGGUAUGGGACUAGGCGUUGCUCUCAUGCACAAGGUUAUUAAAAUGGCGGUAGACCGAGGCUGCAAAUGCAUCCAGGCUUGCGUUGUCGAAUGGAACACAGAAGUCAGACAACUCUACAGACAUCUUGGCAUUGAAGAUCUGACUGAGACGAAGAAAUACCAUAUUCUCUCGUUCACCGGCGAAAAACUAGACAAAUUUGUGAAGAAAGAGUCCUUCAUCAGUAAAGACAUGAUUCUCAAAGCAGAUUUGUGAUUUUUUUUAAUUAGAAUUGUUUCCCUAUCUGGAAUUCAGAGCUGUCGGGUUAGGUCGGGACGCUUAACAGACUAAAGAGGAAUAGUUCCUAAAGAUUUUGUCGAAGACCAUACCCGAAAACGGAGCAGAUCUGUGAUGAAGGGCCGCCAGUCUCAUAGGCUUACGAUGUAAAAAGCUGCUUCGCACAAAAACAAAAGUAACUCUUGGAGAUUGCAAUUCCAGUUACGCCGCUCCAAAGCUUUGGAAUAACAUACCACUAGACGAAAUUGAAGCCUCACCUGUUGCUGUCUUCAAAGUUGUAUGGAAGACGCACUUGUUUUCAGGAGCUUUGGAAUAGUUUUUAUUUUAUUGAGUGUUUGUAAAGAGUGACACUGUUUUCAUCAUUUUGUUUUCAUCACAGCGCAAUAGAGUAUAUUGAUAUACAUGUAGUACCUGCGCUAUUUAGACUGAUCUAACUAUUAUUAUUAAACGAAAUGGCAGUUUGUGAACUUAUGUGAAAAUCAUGAUUCUUAAAUCUAGUGCUAUGAGGUGUAAGGCGGCAUUCGGAUGAAACGCAGCUGUUAUUUUUUUUGUAAUCCUGAGAUCGAAGCACUGAUGAUCAUUGAGAAGUUUUAUGCAAUGUAUUUAUACUAUUUUGUGAGCUAAAUGUAUCAGUCAUUGAUGCGAUACUGUACUUUGAAAUACGGAGAAUUAUUGAACGACUGCAGCUGAUGUUCUUUGAUCCAACCAAGUAGGGUCCAUGACCAACCUUGAUCCAUAAUUUAGUCAAUUUAAACGUGAUCCGAUCUAGAAGCCUGGGCCCUGUUACAUAAAACUUGUCAUCAAUAACAAGCUAGAAUUGUAUAUUUGUAAAGCGCUUAGAGACAUUUGUAUUAAGCGCUAUAUAAAAAUUAAAUAUUAUUAUUAUUAUUAUUAUUAAAAUAACUGUUAUAACUAAGCUACUGAAAUAGUGGCAUUUGAUCGGCUGAAAGUAGAUCAGUUGUCUUUUGUAGCAUUUGUUAUUGAUGACAAGUUUAAUGAAACAGGCAGAAUUCCACGCAUCACAGACAAAUCACACCAUCUCAGUUUUGUCUGAACCUGCGAUAGCUGAUUAAAUUUUGAAUAUAGAAUAUUUCGUGAAUAUUAUCGUCGGAAUUCGCUCGUUUUUGUCAUGCCACUUUUGAAAAAGUUGCUCGGUUUGUAAUAUUACCGGGUAAAAAAGGGAUACAUAUAAAUGAUACGGAAGGGGGCUUUAUUUUAAUAGUCAGAAAUCUAACUCGUUUGAAUUUUUAAUAGAGGAAACAAAUCUCAUAGUACAAUCAUAGACCUACUAAUUCGAUGGCUAAUCUGUUAUGCAUUCUUCUUUGUCUUGCCUAUAGUUUGUAUGAUCAUAACUAGAGCAUGGGAAUAGUUUAUUCAUCGUCUUGCUGCUAGCUAUCCUUGACAAAAAAAAAUAACAUUCGAAACUGUGAUGGAAGUGAAAAACUCAGUUUUAAGGUUUACGGUUCAGAAAAGGGUGCUCGCUCGCAAAAUUUAGUAACUCAAAGAAUAUUAAACCAAACGAUGUCAGCUCCUUCCCUGGCGACAUUACGCCUGUACGCUUUUGCUCUCACUGUGAAUAUCGAUACUUAUUUUCAUUUUCCUUUUCUUUAUGCAACUCCAUGAAUUAAAUACAGUGCGGCUAAUGUUCUAUUUCGUUUUCGGAAUGGAAAACCCUAUUGCAUAUCCGAAAUGAACAAGCAAUUAAUCAAUCUUAUUGAAGCACCAAAAUGGUGAGAAAGGCCAACCUGAGUAUUUUAUAUUUUCGACUAACAAACCCAAUUUGUUAACGGUAUACAUACUUCUCUUUGUGAACUGUGAACAUUCGGAAUUACGCACCUUCUGGGAUGAACUUUGAGCAUUGUUCGGAAUCGCAAAACCCCUGUCUCAACCAUGCUUACGAAAAAAUCAGUCGCAUACGGGGUAACAUACAUCUUAUGAUGACAAAUCAAAUUAAAACUUAAUGUGUUCUUGGAAAAACUAAUCUUCAAAGAAUAUGGCAUUUUGUAUGAUACUUUAUAUAGUUAUUUAAAAAUAAAGAUACUUUGUAUAUCAUGUACAUACUCUUGCCUUCGUUGUAUAUACUACAUAUCACGUAUAUUAAAUAAAAUUUCAGAUGAAUUAAUCAUGUUAA